UAUAUAAUUUACUUCAUACAAAGUGCAGUAAACAGAAGAAGCCUAAAUCAAAUCAGCAUUUGGUGUGACCACACUUUGCUUUGCACCAGUUGUUCUCGGUACACUUUCACACAGUUUUUCAAGGUACUUGGCAGGUAGGUUGAUCUAAGCAUCUUGGAGAAGCUGCCACAGUCCAUCUGUGGAUUUAGGCUGCUUCAGCUGCUUCUGUCUCUUCCAGUAUUCCCAGACUGACUCCAUGAUGUUGAGAUCUCUGUGGGGCUCUGUGUGGGAGAUGUGUGUGGGCCAAACCAUCUGCUGCAGGUAGGUAGUUCUUGUAAGGCAGUUUUUUUAUUACUCUGGUUGUAUGUUUGGGGUCGUUGUCAUGCAGCAGAAUAAAUUUGGGACCAAUCAGAUGCCUCUCUGAUGGUAUUGCAUGAUGGAUAAGAAUCUAAACAUCUAAACUGCCAAAAAACAUUUGCACAGUUGCCUAUGAAAGAAUCACAAACCUAACAAAAUCAUUUGGAAACUUAAAGAGUUAGAUAGGCUAAACAAAACUCCAACUAGGACCAUACUCUAACUCUAUAAAGCUUUUAUUACAUAUUGAAAUAGCCUACAUAGUAAAUAAAAACAAAGCUCUUUGGAUGCUCAAAUCUUUUGUCUACUGGCAAACAGGCGGCCAACAGCAGCAGCUCCUGAAGCUCCAAAAAGCUUUCUUCUUAUGCUUCAUAUAUCUGUGCACAUCAUUCAAAUGCUGCUUGUCAUGCAAGUAGCAGAUAAUAUCCCCAAGGCAAAUUCUGAAUGUCUCCUCGGCAGCUGGAGAAACGCUUUGUGUUUUUGCCUCCUCUGGUUCUGCGCUGAGCAUCAAAAAACAGAAGAAGAGGAGCUAUUGGCUGCGAGGAGUUGAUGACGGAGGGAGCGCACUGUCUUCUCCACUCGCACUCUGCACCUCCGACCAGUGUGGGAUGAGACCAGUGUGUCGGACUGGGAUGCCCCGUGUGUGGUGGUGAACUUUUUUCUUUUCUGUUGUUAUUAUUAUUAACAUUAUUAUUUGUUUAUUCCGGAGGUGCGACCUGUUAGGACGAGCGCGCUUUUUACUCCCCAGGAGCGCGCAGUGUGGCGCACGCUGGAACAAAACAAGCUCAGUGCAGUGAGUGCGGCGCACUCCGUUUUUAAAAGCAGCAGGAGAAGCAGGAGAGUUACGGAGUCCAGCUGGGGGAAGCGGUGUCGGUGCACGAGAAAGACGGACACCUCUUAAACGACCGGGGUUAUUGAGAAGAAAUUGGAUAUGGCGGGUGUGAAGACGUUCGACCUUCUCGUUGGAGUUGUUUUAGUUUUGCAGUGUCUGGGAAAUGCUCAAGGCGAGCUCACAGCCAGUAACGGGGCCUCGUACUCAUACGUGCAGGGACAGGCAGGAGAUGAGGAUGUGGCAGUGGACGUGAAGCUGUACAGUCACCGGUGGAGGAGAUGGCUUCCCCCAAAGCCUCGUAACAUGGACAGUAACAGGGCCAGUCAGGAGCAGGAACAGGAGCCAGAGCAGGAGGAGCCCGAGGGCUUCCCGGGCCUGCUGUCUGCAGAGGAAACGGACAACAGCUCCCAGAUAGAGGAGGAUACAGAUCACAACUACUACACAUCAAAAACAUACGGCCCAGCAGAUCAGAUGAGCAAGGACUUGUGGGUAAAUAUCGAGCAGAUGGACAAGGAGAAAGUGAAGAUCCACGGGAUUCUGUCCAACACACACAGACAAGCAGCGAGAGUUAAUCUGUCCUUCGAUUUCCCUUUUUAUGGACAUUUCCUGCGUGAAAUCACCGUGGCAACUGGUGGGUUCAUCUAUACUGGUGAUGUGGUCCACCGGAUGCUAACAGCUACACAGUACAUCGCUCCACUGAUGGCGAACUUUGACCCCAGUGUCUCCAGAAACUCUACCGUCAUCUACUUUGACAAUGGUACUGCUCUGGUGGUGCAGUGGGACCACGUUCACCUACAGGACAACUACAACCUGGGCAGCUUCACUUUCCAGGCCACACUGCACAACACUGGCAGGAUUGUCUUUGCAUACAAAGAGAUCCCCAUUGAAGUGUCACAGAUCAGCUCUGUCAAUCACCCAGUGAAGGUGGGACUGUCUGAUGCCUUUGUGGUGGUCCACAAGAUCCAGCAGAUACCCAACGUGAGGCGGAGGACAAUCUACGAGUACCACCGCGUGGAGCUGACAAAAACCAAGAUCACUAAUUCUACAGCUGUGGAAAUGAUGCCUUUACCCACAUGUCUCCAGUUCACCAGCUGUAGCGCGUGCGUCUCCUCACAGAUCAACUUCAACUGUAGCUGGUGCCAUCGGCUCAACAGAUGUUCCAGUGGCUUUGACCGCCAUCGGCAGGACUGGGUGGACAACAGCUGCCCGGAUGAAACUAAGGACAAGAUGUGUGACAUCAUCGACACCACGUACCUCUACCCCUUCACCACCACGAUUGUCGCCAAAACAACCUCCAGGAGCAAAGAGGCCACCGCAGGCAGGGAGACGCCCUCCACCUCGCACCCUCCCACCAGCGUCCCCACUGAAGAUGAUACCAAGAUCGCUCUGCAUCUCAGAGACAACCCAGUGAUGCCAGCAGACAGUGCUGUCGACAGGACACCCGGCACACACCCUCUGCACACUGGUCUGAUCCUGGGCAUCCUCCUGGUGAUGCUCAUCAUGGUUGCCGGUGUGCUGGUCACCGUCUACAUCUACCAUCACCCCACCUCUGCAGCCAGCCUCUUCCUCAUCGAGAGACGCCCGAGCAGGUGGCCGGCCAUGAAGUUCCGCCGUGGAUCAGGUCACCCGGCCUACGCGGAGGUGGAGCCGGUGGGCCAGGAGAAGGAGGGCUUCAUCGAGUCCGAGCAGUGCUGAGGGAGGAGGGGGCGUCCGCAUCCCCGCAGCCUCCCCCCCUCCUGCCUGUGCCAGCCCUCCUCCUCCCUCCUCGUGCCUGCUCCACAGGGACUUCUCACCAAGGAACCUCCAGGAUCCACGGAGGAGCUCGGUGUACACAGUGACUCUUUGAGACUGCAGAAUCGGCCGUUCGAGCGCUCGAUGAGACUGGGUACAGCAGCCAACAAUACAUGGACGUGAGAAACCCCUGAAAACUGAUCCCAGACAAACCCAUUGUUCAGCUCCUGUUGGCAAAGGAACUGACCUACUGGGGACAGAGGGAGGGAGCAGCAUUGACGUCAUCGACUCAGUCAGCAUUGGUUAGGAGUUUGUAAGGCUGCUAUCAUGUUGCCAUGGAGGGGAUUGUACAGCCUGACUGCUACUGGUGUGUGUGAGGGGGGGGAGCAGGGUGAAUUAUUCAAUAUAUAUUUUCAGAAACAAUACAGAGUAUGUGAACAGAGAUUUCCACUUUAUUGUUGGUGGGGUUAUACAGUAUAGGCCUUUGUAUAUCCAUCAGGUAUUUUCCUUUUUCUUUCAGUACGUUGUUUCCACACAGGGGUUGGCACAUUUAUCUGUUUAGACUGUCGGUAUUGCUUUUCGAUACCAUCACAGGCUUAAUUGACUUUUCCACAGCCCGUCCUGCACAGAGAGGCUGCGGCUGUGCGACACGACGCGAGCUGAAAACUCCUGUCACUGCGAUCGAAAAGCGGCUCUGAGAAAAGCUCUGAACAUUCAGCAUCGGUGUUGAAUUAGUUUAUGAUGUUUGGCUGGUUUCAUUUCCUGAAAAUGAAGUGUAAGAUGGGUUUUUUUUUGUUCACUGAAAAUAUCUCAGUGAUUUUUUUUUUUUUUUUUUGAAUGGGUGAUGGGCACACUCUUAUCCUUCUCAUUAUUUUGAUUGGUUCUUAAGUCAUGUAUUUUUUGUUUUGUUUUUAUUUUUGCUUUUUUUCAUUAUUGCCGUGCCAUUUUGUCUCUGACUAGAGUUUGCACAAUU